ACCUCAGGGGACUCCACGACCAGGGGAAGUAUAAUCUCACCCCAUAAACACCUCAAAGCGAAUGCUGGGAUUGGGACGUCCUCGACUUAGAGCGCGGUCGUCAUUUCUGGAUCUGAUACUCAGAGAGAAUACGUUGACACUGCCAUCACCGCCCGCCGAGCUGCCACCGCUUCCAGACUCGCCCUCCUCAACCUCCACCUCAUCCUCUACACCUCCACCACAGGCUUCCUCCACCAUGGCUGAUCAGACAGAAGAGCAAGGUUCGGUGUUUUCGGUCUCCGGACCCGUUGUGGUGGCCGAGCAUAUGAUCGGUUGUGCUAUGUACGAGUUGUGUCGUGUUGGUCAUGACUUGCUUGUUGGUGAAGUUAUUCGGAUUGAAGGCGACAAGGCCACCAUUCAGGUUUACGAAGAGACAGAUGGUUUGACCGUCGGCGACCCCGUUACAAGGACAGGAAAGCCCUUGUCUGUCGAGCUCGGCCCCGGCUUGAUGGAAACAAUCUACGACGGUAUCCAGCGACCCCUCAAGGCCAUCUCCGACCAGUCUAAGGGUAUCUACAUUCCCCGUGGUAUCUCCGUGAACGCAUUGGACCGCGAGAGGAAGUGGGACUACAAGCCUACCACCUUCAAGGUUGGCGACCACAUCACCGGUGGAGAUAUCUGGGGUUCCGUGUUCGAGAACAGUCUGGUCAACGACCACAAGAUCCUGCUGCCUCCUCGUGCACGGGGUACGAUUACCCGCAUUGCCCCCGCAGGCAGCUACACCGUUGAGGAGAAGCUACUCGAGGUCGAGUUCGAUGGCAAGAAGACCGAAUACGGCAUGAUGCAGACCUGGCCCGUUCGUGUUCCCCGCCCCGUUAGCGACAAGCUGUCCGCCGAUGCGCCCUUCAUCGUCGGCCAGAGAGUGCUGGAUGCUCUCUUCCCCAGUGUCCAGGGUGGUACCGUCUGUAUUCCUGGUGCUUUCGGUUGUGGAAAGACCGUCAUUUCCCAGUCUGUGUCCAAGUUCUCCAACAGUGAUAUCAUCGUCUACGUUGGUUGUGGUGAGCGUGGUAACGAGAUGGCUGAAGUCUUGAUGGACUUCCCCGAAGUAGGUGUUCCCCGUGACCGUUCACUUUCCAUUGAUAUCGACGGCCGUAAGGAGCCUAUUAUGAAGCGUACCUGCCUGAUCGCCAACACCUCCAACAUGCCCGUCGCUGCCCGUGAGGCCUCCAUUUAUACCGGUAUCACCAUCGCCGAAUACUUCCGUGACCAGGGCAAGAACGUGGCAAUGAUGGCGGACUCCAGUUCCCGAUGGGCUGAGGCUUUGCGUGAGAUUUCUGGUCGUCUGGGUGAAAUGCCUGCUGACCAGGGUUUCCCCGCCUAUCUCGGUGCCAAGCUGGCCUCUUUCUACGAGCGUGCUGGAAAGAGCAGUGCCCUGGGUAGCCCCGAGCGUGAGGGCAGUGUCAGCAUUGUCGGUGCUGUCUCCCCGCCCGGUGGUGAUUUCUCCGAUCCUGUCACUAGCAGUACCCUUGGUAUUGUCCAGGUCUUCUGGGGUCUUGAUAAGAAGCUCGCCCAGCGCAAGCACUUCCCCUCCGUCAACACCUCGAUCUCUUACAGCAAGUAUAACACCGUCUUGGAUAAGUACUACGAGAAGGACCACCCCGAGUUCCCUCGCUUGCGUGACGGCAUCCGUGAGUUGCUGGCCAAGUCCGAGGAGCUGGACCAGGUCGUCCAGUUGGUCGGAAAGGCUGCCCUAGGUGACUCUGAUAAGAUUACGCUGGACGUGGCCAGCAUGGUUAAGGACGACUUCUUGCAGCAGAACGGAUACUCUGACUACGAUCAGUUCUGCCCCCUGUGGAAGACCGAGUAUAUGAUGAAGGCCUUCAUGGGCUACCACAACGAAGCCCAGAAAGCCGUCGCCCAGGGUCAGAACUGGAGCAAGGUCCGCGAUGCCACUGCCGACCUCCAGAAUGCCCUGCGCAGCAUGAAGUUCGAGGUCCCCCACGACGAGAAGGAGAUCUCCGCCAAGUACGAGCAGAUCCUCCAGUCCAUGACAGAGCGAUUUGCGUCGGUCUCGGACGAGUGA